AGAAAACCAAGUAAACAAAAAAAGAAGAGAAAAUUGUUUUUUUUACUAAAGAAAAAAAAAAGCCCUAACGAAAUGGUGGCCGUUGAUAUUAACAAGAAGAACAGUGGAAACACUCUCAAGUUUCUAUGCAGUUACGGCGGCAAAAUCCUCCCUCGUUCCACCGACGGGAAGCUCCGUUACGUCGGAGGUCACACCAGAGUCCUCUCCGUCCAUCGUUCCAUCUCUUUCGAAGAGUUAACGAAGAAACUAAUCGAAUUCUGCGGAUACUCCGUUGAUCUACGAUGUCAGUUACCUAACGGCGAUCUCGAGACUCUAAUCACCGUCAAAUCAGACGAGGAGCUAGCGAACAUCGUGGAGGAGUACGAUCGCGUCACCGGAGCCAAGAUCCGAGCCGUUCUAUCGCCUCCGAGAGGGAAUAAUAGACAGGAAUCUCCGUCGUCUUCGAGCAGCGAUCGAUCUCCGAAAUCUCCGUUGUUCUCCGUCACGCCUUCCCCGCCGAACUCGCCGUCUUCGGCGUACGGGAGGUAUCUACAGUCUCGGUAUUGUUUACAUCCCACGGAGAUUGGUAGAAGAUACAUUCACGGUUACGGAGAAUCGUAUUGUUAUGCGAAUCGUGGAAACAAAGAACUCAUCCGGCAUUGACGAAAAAUUUGAAAAAUAAAACAAAUAAAAAUAUUAAAAAAAUAUAAGAAUUAGUUUUUAUACGAUGUGAUUGUGAUGUGAAGAGAAGAAUGAAAUGUUUUUUCCUUUUUGCAUUUACCGUCGGAGAUCGUGAUCACGGGAGAAAAUUAGUUUAGACGGAGAACGAGAUGGAAUGUUCGUCCGGGACCGUUACGAAACCGUUACCACGUGUUCGCAUGUGAUACGUGGCGAAUACUGAGAGAGUACUGUAUUGUUGUCUGUGAUCAGGGAUGUUAGACGCGUGUAAGUUAGUGGAUUCGUUUUGGCAACACGUGUCUACCGUUCGCGCAUUUGAAUCUCUUUGUGUUUUUGGUUUAGGCCUCUUUGAUAAUGAUUGAAGUUAUUCUUUUGUUGUUUGUUGAUGUUAAAUUGUUUAUUGUUUUCUGAUUUGCCAACAUUUGGUUUCUAUUAUGUUGGCUCACACUGGUUCCUAUUGAGAAUAUUAAAAAGAGUUAA